AUGAAAUAUGGCAAAGAGUUCCAGCAGAUCCUUGAAGGGUCUUCCUUCCCCCCGGAAUGGAAAGAAUCAGCGAUUGAGUAUCGUCAGCUCAAAAAGCUGAUUAAAAAUGUAGUUGAUGAACUUACUUCAAUGGGUUUAUCGCAUGAUGUGUUGCACAAGUUGUUGGUGACUGAAGAUGGUGAAGCUCAACUGCCAUCGACGGAUCCAUCGACCAUAAGAGACAUUUCCUCUCCAGAUGAUGAGAUAUUAGAAUUCGAAUUUGAAUCACCUGAAAACCGACCUUCAGAGACAAUGUCAAAUAUGAAUGAACCUCUAGAAGUUAUCCUUGAUCCAAUUCCUGAUGCCAAUAAUACAUCUGCCUCAACAUCGUCUUCUACAAGACUUUUCGCUCCCCGACCACAGGCUCAUCAUCAUAAGCGAUUCAGAUUACGUUUAUUAUCGGAUAGUUCCACAAAUACCCAAGAAAAAUCUGUGCUUGAUGAUUUGCCUAAACGGCCUAUGAGUGUAGCCCAGUUUCUCGAAGCUCAAGAAAAAGCUAGAGAAGAGAAAUCACCUAGUCCAUCAACCGCCGAAAAUGAUGAAAAGCAUAGAGGUAGAAGAGUGGUCAGAAGAGCAGUUACAGAUGGUCAUGGUGGCGUAAAAGCUGAAUAUGUUUUGACUGGUAAUCCAUCGAAUCCUAUUCCUCAGCUUCGGCUACAUUUGCAAACUUCACUUUCACCUUCUCAUUCUCAAUCCUCCUUAUCUCCAUCACCGUCACCAUCAGCUGCCAAUUCGACCGACGAAGAUACCGAUCUCGAAACAGAUGAAGAGGACGAAGACCACGAAGCGGAUAAUCGAUUCGCGCUAUCAGCUUCCAGCACUGCCACUCCUCGUCCUUUCGAUAAAAGCAAACUGGAAGAUCCCAUAAUACCUUCGAGUCCCACAUUACAACGAAUGAAGACUGCCUUAUCACCUAUAUUCGCUUUAGCUAGUGGUAGAAAUCUGCGAGAUGGCAUGGGAGAUUUGACAAUUGGAGCUGCUGUUGUCGAUGAUUCACCUACUACACCCAAAGCGAAAGAAUUUCCCUUUCCUGUACCUGCCUCUGACUCUGUUCCUCAGUCUGCCUCUAGCCAGAGUAUUGACUAUUCAAAUGAGGUACCCUUUUUAUCGGAGACAAUGCCAGAAAUUUCCACAUCCAAUCUAGAUUCUGAUAGAGGAGCACACGAAAGAGAGUUCAUCAUUCCACUUUCAUCAGAUUUAGCUUUUUUCCACUUAUUGACAUCUGCUUUAACUUCGUUAUCGAGUUUUCACGCUAAACAACAAGAUUUAUUCAAAGAUUCAGUUAUAAACGUGUGUGAAAUCAUUUCAUCGACUAUAUCACCUUCGUCUUCCUCUUCAUUCUCUUCGUCAGCACCCCAAAUAAUCCCGAUAUCAAUGUCAUCUUCAAACGGGAUAACAGGGGAAUCAAGUGAUUCUCCAUCUGUUCCUCUAGUAACAGGAAUACAUUCACGCAAAACGUCAAAAAAGGAUUUAUAUAUCUGGAGAGAAAUAUUUACAUUAUGGAUUGAAUCUGAGAUAUUUGAAUCAAACGCAGAACGUACAAGAGGUGAAAGACCUUUAGAAGAAUCCGAGAAAAGGCUAAAUAGAUUCGCGAAUGAAGUGAUUAAAAGAGGUUUAGGUGAUAAAAGAACAAUUAAAGGUAGAAAAUCAAGAUCUGCUUGGGAAGAAUUCUUGAGGUUGAAUGUCUGGCUAUUGGAUUUGAAAAGGUUUCAAGGUGCGAAUGUCAUGGCUGCGAGAAAGAUCCUGAAAAAGCACGACAAACGAACUGCUCUCACAGCUUCAGAAGGGUUCCCAUCUUUUGUUCGUUCGACAUUAUCAACACACGUUGAUAAAGAUGGAAACGUCUCGACAUGGGCAUUUUACAAUACUUCUCUACCUCAUAUCCUGUUAGCCAGUUUGACAAAUACCUUAUUACCGAUACUACCGAGUUUAGACGAUUACGCAUGUUUGAUAUGCACGUCUAUAGCGUUCAAGCCUAUCCGAUUAGGAUGUGGUCAUUUGUUUUGUGUGAGAUGUUUGGUAAAGAUGCAGAGAGCUGGAAAGGAUGAAUGCCCCCUUUGUAGAAGUAAAGUGGUAUUGUUAGCUGAUAAGAAUUCACUUGAUAUGACAGUCAUGAACUUCAUGAAAUCUUGGUUCCCGAAAGAAGUGAAAGUGAAACAGAAAGAGAAUGAGUUGGAAGUGGCUAAAGAACAGGCCGAGAAUGCAGGAAUGGACACUAGGUGUUUGAUAAUGUAA